CCUCAUUCUCCUCAUUCUCACUCCGAUAAAACCACUGUUUCGGAACCCUCCAUCAUGUCAUCUCCAGCUUCUUCUCGUCGCCGCGGUCGACCGGCUAGAGAUUCGGCCACUGCCUCCCCGGCUCAUUCAACAAGGUCUCGACAGAAUCCCACAAUGAGCAGUCCUGCACCCGCACAAUCUCAGACAACCCCUCGCGCAUCGAGAAGGCUCAGAGGCGAAGCGGCUAUUCCAUCCUCUUCGCCCAUGUUUUUCCAAUCUUCUCCUACGAGAGGAAACGGCAACGCUGAGACACCUGAUGUUAGAAUGGAACCUAGUUCACCCAUCAACGAUGGCGAUACUACUCCCCGACCAAACAAUCUUAUGAGAGAUUCUUCUCCGAUCCGCUACGUAUCCAGCUCCAGUCCAACACGCGGCCAUGGGCGACAAGAUCCUCGUUCAGAUAUUCCUAGUAGUAGCAGUGGGCUUUUUGUGUCUUCACGACCUGAAGUUAGCGGUCACCGUGCUGUGUUGUCUCGCCGUAGCGAUAUUAACUCCAGUGGCUUCGGUUCCUCGCCGAGUCGCAGACGGAGAAUGUUUGUGGAUGCUAAUGGCAUGCCCGUACGAGACGGAGAGCCGCAAUCAGAUGCGACUUUCUCGAAUAUACACCCGGACACAUCGGAAGCUGAAGCCCUGGGAGGGAGCUCAACUCGCGUCAUCUGGGGUACUAAUAUCUCCAUUCAAGAUUCCAUGUCUGCAUUCAAGAAUUUCCUCUACAACUUUCAAAAGAAAUACCGACUUUGGGCCGAGGGUGUGGCAGAGGGGGAUACUCGUCUAAUGGGAGCCGAGGCUGAGGCAAAGGAGUAUAUCAUUGCGUUGAACAACAUGCGACAGCUGGGCAUUACCAGCUUGAAUUUGGAUGUUAAGAAUCUCAAGGCAUACCCUUCGACCUUGAAGAUCUGGCACCAACUCCAAGACUACCCACAAGAAAUCAUUCCUCUGAUGGACCAGACCGUGAAGGAUGUGAUGGUGGAGCUUGCAAUCAAGGAGAUGGAGCAGCUGCGCAGCCAAAACCAUCGAAACCAACUACAUGCAAGAGACCUCGGCUCCGCUCCCCCAGUUCCCAGCUCUGAUGCUAUGAGCGAGGCUGGUCGGGUUCCGCAGGUCGAUAUCCCGGAUCUUGUAGGAGAGGUAGAAACCAAGACGUUUAAGGUGCUCCCAUUUGGACUGGAUGAAACCGUGAACAUGAGAGACUUGGAUCCAGCUGAUAUGGACAAAUUGAUCAGCAUCAAAGGAUUGGUUAUUAGAGCGACGCCUAUCAUUCCUGAUAUGAAAGAAGCAUUCUUCCGCUGCCAGGUCUGCAACCAUGGGGUCCAGGUCGAUAUCGACCGAGGAAAAAUCGCGGAACCUACCAUCUGCCCUCGACCGGUCUGUGGAGAGCGGAACUCAAUGCAGCUCAUCCACAAUCGCUGCGUCUUUGCCGACAAGCAGGUCAUUAAACUGCAGGAAACUCCUGAUAACGUCCCCGACGGACAGACGCCUCACUCAGUUUCCCUCUGCGUUUAUGAUGAAUUAGUGGAUGUCUGCAAAGCCGGUGAUCGGGUUGAGGUCACUGGUAUCUUUCGCAGCAACCCUGUGCGCGUGAAUCCCCGACAGCGCACGCAGAAAUCACUAUUCAAGACCUAUGUAGAUGUCUUGCAUGUGCAGAAAACAGACCGUAAGAAACUGGGAAUUGAUGUGUCGACCGUUGAACAGGAACUUUCCGAACAGGCAGCUGCUGAGGUCGAAGAGACGCGGAAGAUCACGGCCGAGGAAGAAGCGAAUAUCAAACAGACUGCCACCCGACCGGAUGUCUACGAACUUCUGGCUCGAUCGUUGGCACCAAGUAUCUAUGAAAUGGACGAUGUAAAGAAGGGUAUCCUGCUUCAACUGUUCGGAGGUACCAAUAAGACCUUCCAGAAAGGGGGCAACCCACGCUACCGCGGGGACAUCAACAUCCUUCUCUGCGGUGAUCCGUCCACUGCGAAGUCUCAGUUACUCCGAUAUAUUCACAAGAUUGCACCUCGAGGCGUCUAUACGAGCGGCAAAGGAUCAUCUGCCGUCGGUCUGACAGCGUAUGUAACGCGUGAUCCCGAAACAAGACAACUCGUUCUCGAAUCCGGCGCUUUGGUUCUCUCAGAUGGAGGUGUCUGCUGCAUUGACGAAUUCGACAAGAUGAACGAGUCUACACGGUCUGUUUUACACGAAGUGAUGGAGCAGCAGACAGUUUCCAUUGCCAAAGCCGGCAUUAUAACUACGUUGAACGCGAGAACUAGCAUUCUUGCGUCUGCCAACCCAAUCGGCAGCAAAUACAACCCAAAUUUACCAGUUCCGCAGAAUAUUGAUUUGCCCCCCACCUUACUUUCCCGAUUUGACCUUGUGUACCUCGUGCUCGAUCGUGUCGAUGAACAGGAGGAUCGCCGGCUAGCAAAGCACUUAGUCGGCAUGUAUCUGGAAGAUCAACCCGAGAAUGCAAGCAGCGAGGAGGUCCUGCCCAUCGAAUUCCUCACGGCUUACAUUACCUACGCAAAAACGAAAGUACAUCCUGUGUUGACUGAAGAAGCUGGGAAGGCACUUACUGAUGCGUAUGUUGCCAUGCGCAAACUGGGAGAUGACAUCCGGUCAAACGACCGCCGAAUUACUGCUACCACCCGUCAGCUCGAGUCUAUGAUUCGGCUAUCAGAGGCACAUGCCCGUAUGCGGCUCUCUCCUGAAGUCACUGCUGACGACGUCGAAGAAGCCGUGCGCCUUAUCCGGUCGGCCAUCAAACAGUCGGCCACGGAUUCUCGCACUGGUCUAAUCGACAUGGGCUUGCUCACGGAGGGAACAAGCGCCAGCGAGCGCCGCCGCAGAGAAGACCUCAAACGCGCAAUUAUCUCCAUGGUGGAAGAACUCAGCAACAGCUCUGGCGCUGCUCGAUGGGCCGACGUGUACCGUAGUCUAAGUGAUAAGAGCAGUAUUGGCGUCGACGGGGCCGAUUUUGCAGAUGCAGUCCAGUCCUUGCAGACAGAGGGCUUGGUGAACGUGGUCGGUGAGGGCGCUCGCAGGAGUAUCAGACGAGUUGCUGGGACACUUCUAUAGGUGGAUGCUGCGGAACUGUAUCUUUUACGAUGAUGGAUGGAUAUUGUUUUAUACCACGAAUAAUGGACCUGGGGGGUCGGGAUAGUUACUGGAUGGAAUAUACAAGGGGGGGUGUAUGCCAUGGCGAUAGGUGUUUAGGGACUGCUCCAAGGAUAGGGUUAUUUAAUAAAGAUGCCUGGUUCACGGGCAUAUGAAUCCUGUCAGGGUAGAUGUUUUGGUCAGUCUUGGGAUGGGCCUACUUUUUUUCUUACCAGGCGCCGGGCAAUAAUGCUGAUAAUGAUCUUCCGGGGGAGAUAGAACAUAAAUUAGAGUGUCCGGUGUUUCGAUAACCAUAAGGAGGACACAUG